AUGGCCGCAACCAACGAUGCGUCCAAGAAGGCGCGCAAGAGCUUGAUUCUCAAUGCCUUUGUGGAAAUGUGCAGCGGCCACCAGUCGCCAGGUCUCUGGAGACAUCCCGAGGAUGAAUCCUGGCGCUUCAACGACGUCGACCACUGGAUCGAGCUAGCAAAGCUACUUGAAGAAGCGAAAUUCCACGGAAUAUUCAUUGCAGAUGUCCUCGGUGGUUAUGAUGUAUACAAGGGACCUCGUAACCUCGACCCGGCCAUCGUCUCCGGUGCUCAAUGGCCAGUAAACGAGCCAUUGGCUGUCGUUCCAGCGAUGGCAGCGGCUACGCAGAAUAUUGGCUUCGGCGUCACAGUCACCACGACGUAUGAACAGCCCUAUCACCUGGCAAGGAGGUUAUCUACUGUCGACCACCUGACCAAAGGAAGAAUAGGAUGGAACAUCGUCACGGGAUAUCUCGAUUCCGCUGCGCGAAACUUGGGACAUACCCAACAGCCUGGGCACGAUGAUCGCUAUGCAGUAGCAGAAGAAUAUAUCAAGGUCACGUACAAACUCUGGGAGUCGUCAUGGAGAGAUGACGCCGUCGUCCUUGACAGAGAAAGAGGCAUCUACACAGAGCCCUCUCGCGUCCGUCAAAUCAACCAUGAAGGCAAAUUUUACACUGUCCCUGGACCGCAUAUCUGCCAGCCUAGCCCUCAGCGGACUCCACUGCUCCUGCAAGCGGGUACCUCUAAAGCUGGAAAGACCUUUGCCGCCCAGCACGCGGAAGCCAUCUUCGUUGCCGGCCACAGUCCAUCGGUGGUCGCAAAGAACAUCGCGGAGAUCCGUCAACAGGCCAAGGAGGAAUUCGGACGUAACCCGCAAGACAUCAAGUUCCUGGCAUUGCUCUGCCCUGUCCUGGGCCGCACAGAGGAGGAGGCGAAAGAGAAGUUUCGGUACUUCCGCAGCCUUGGUUCGACUGAGGGUGCACUGGCAUUGUUCGGAGGCUGGACCGGAAUCGAUCUGAGCAAAUACGAUGAUGACCAAGAACUUCGCCAGGUUGAGAGCAACGCUAUCCGAUCUGCCGUCGAAGGAUGGUCUAGAGCGACCCCUGAAGUUCCCAAAUGGACAAAGGAGACCAUUGCUCAACAUAUCACGGUAGGCGGAUUAGGAGCGACUGCUGUCGGCACGGGCGCUCAAGUGGCGGACGAAAUCGAGCGAUGGGUUAACGAAGCUGACGUAGAUGGUUUCAACUUCGCCUACGCCGUGAAACCCGGCUCUUUCAAGGACAUCAUCGAGCUCCUUCUUCCAGAACUGCGUUCCCGAGGCCUCUUCUGGGACGACUACGCCGUCAAGAAGGGAACUUACCGCGAGAACUUCUAUGGCAAAAAAGGCCAGUCGGGCCCGUUGCCAGAGCACCCAGCGUCCAAGUACAGAUGGAGAGCUGGUGUUGAUGCCAAGGACGCUCAGAUCCCCGCCUAG